AUGGCGGUCGUGUGUUUCUCACGGACUAGUGGUUUAAUCCUAUUAUUUUUAGUAAACACACUCGCCGUAUCGCCAUGGCUUACAUCGGUGAAAUUAGAUAACGUUACAUGUAAUGAGUUAAAAUGUGAUUACCGUAUAAAAGUGGUUGGUGAUGUCGAUCAGUGGUCUUUAACCUCGAAUGAAAAAAUACGCGGCGAAAUAUGUGAUGAUAAAUUAAUUGUUCAGGAAUCAAAUGUUUUAGUAGAAUUUAGUUUGCCUGUAUCCAGAAAGGCGUAUUUCUGUGUUGAAAAGGAUGGAGUUUGGUAUCAUCAAGGGAAGAAUUUAUAUUUAAUCGGCGAUGACGUCACCCACCUGGACUGGUAA